AUGGAUGUUUUGUACACCAUGUUGACUUUCAUAGCCUUCACUUUUCUAGCUCUUUUCCUAUCCAUAUGUUUCAUCAUGAUCACAAUCUUCAAAGGAAAAUCCAUAGGGGAUCCUAAAUAUGCACCUGUUAAAGGCACUGUGUUCAACCAACUUUUCUACUUUAAGAGACUCCAUGAUUACCAUGCUCAAUUGGCAAAAACUCAUCCAACUAUGAGGCUUCUUGCUCCAAAUCAAAGUGAGUUGUAUACAAUAGAUGUCAGAAAUAUUGAACAUGUAUUGAAAACAAAUUUUGAUAAAUAUUCUAAAGGUAAGUAUAACCAAGAUAUUGUCACUGAUCUUUUGGGUGAGGGGAUUUUUGUUGUUGAUGGUGAAAAAUGGAAGCAACAAAGAAAAGUUGCUAGCUAUGAAUUCUCCACAAGAGUUCUUAGAGAUUUUAGUUGUUCUGUAUUUAGAAAGAAUGCUGCCAAGUUAGUUAAAGUGAUAUCAAAAUUUUCUCAAGAGGGUCUUCAUUUUGAUAUGCAAGACUUACAAAUGAGAUGUGCUUUAGACUCAAUAUUCAAAGUUGGGUUUGGAACAGAAUUGAAUUGCUUAGAGGGAUCAAACAAAGAGGGAAUUGAUUUCAUGAAGGCUUUUGAUGAAUCAAACGCUAUAAUUUACUGGCGCUACGUUGAUCCUUUUUGGAGCCUUAAGAGGUUUCUAAACAUUGGUGGUGAAGCAAAGCUUAAGCGCAAUGUAAAAUUGAUAGAUGAAUUUGUGAAUGGAGUCAUAAAAAGUAAAACGGAACAAUUGACACUACAACAAGAUUCUAAUGUUAAGGAAGACAUACUAUCAAGGUUUUUAAUGGAGAGCAAGAAAAGCGAAACAGAUAUAAGUGAUAAGUAUUUGAGGGAUAUAAUUCUAAACUUUAUGAUAGCAGGAAAAGACACGACUGCGAACACUCUUUCGUGGUUCUUCUACAUGUUA